AUGGCCUCAGCAAAACCACCAGCUUCUCCUUCAAAUUCUUCGACUACUACACCUGCUCCUACUGUUUCUCAGCCCAAUCAAACAACUGAUACACCAGCUCCUUCAACCCCAUCAACUCCUUCCAACUCUUCAGCCCCACCGCCCCAAUCCCCUCCACCAACAGUUCCCACCGCCCCUCCUCCGUCCCUACCGCAAUCACCACCACCACCAGCGCCUUCUUCGCCUCCCCCUUUGCCCCCAGCAUCACCACCACCACCUCCUCCGACAUUGUCACCACCAUCGCUUCCUGCUUCUCCUCCUCCAGCUACAAAUUCUCCGCCCCCUCCGAUUUUGUCCCCGCCACCACCAUCAGGAGGUUCUUCUCCUGAAGCAUCCCCAGCCCCUCCAGUGUUAUCCCCACCUCCCCCUACAGCUGUUUUGCCUUCCCCACCACCUUCUGUGAAUGUCCCAUCGCCUCCAGCCAAUUUUCCACCUCCACCACUUGCAAAGCCACCAAAACAUUCUCGUCCACCUACCCGGAAAACUCCCUCUCCUCCAUCUGGUUCUCCACCUGCUCCUCCACCCUCAACUAGCUCCCCUCCUGGGUCAACAUUAUCUUCUCCUCCUUCUGUCCCCUCAUCUUCUUUGCCGCCUUCUAUUUCUCCUCCUGGUCCCCCGAGUAAUGCAUCUGUUAGUGGGAGUCCUCCGACCUCCCCACUACCCUCCUUACCCACAGAGAAACCCACUGCAAGAUCAACUACACCUAGUCCAAAUUUCACAGGGAAUGCAACAUCCAAAGAUGGUGGGGGAGGGAAUGCCGGAGGUGCAGUGGCAAUUGGCAUUGUGGUGGGGUUUUUGGCACUUGGUCUUGUUGUGAUGGCUGUGUGGUUUACGCGAAAGCGAAAGAAAAAGGUAGCUCAGUCAAGUGGCCUGUACAAUAUGCAUUCACCAAUUGCUUCCUCCCAACAAUCAGAUUCAUCAUUCCUAAGGCCCCAAAAUUCAGCUCACCUUGCUGGAAGUGCUUCAGGAAGCAAUUUCAUGUACUCACCAGAGCCCGGCGGUGUCGGCAAUUCAAGGCCAUGGUUCACAUAUGAAGAACUGGCUGAGGCAACAAAUGGAUUUUCAGCUCACAAUAUUUUGGGUGAAGGUGGAUUUGGUUGUGUUUACAAAGGGUUCCUGGAAGAUGGAAGAGAAGUUGCUGUUAAACAGCUGAAGAUUGGCGGUGGACAAGGGGAACGUGAGUUCAGAGCAGAAGUUGAGAUUAUCAGCCGAGUGCACCAUCGCCAUUUGGUUUCGCUUGUGGGUUACUGUAUAUCUGAAAAGCAAAGGUUGCUUGUCUAUGACUAUGUGCCAAACAACACUCUUCAUUACCAUCUUCAUGGUGAAGAUAGGCCAGUCAUGGAUUGGGCAACUCGUGUUAAAGUUGCUGCUGGUUCAGCUCGUGGAAUAGCUUACCUGCAUGAAGACUGUCAUCCACGGAUUAUUCACAGGGAUAUUAAGUCCUCAAACAUUCUCUUGGAUAACAACUUUGAAGCUCAGGUUGCUGAUUUUGGGCUUGCAAAGUUAGCACUUGAUGCAAACACACAUGUUACCACACGUGUGAUGGGAACUUUUGGGUAG